AGUCGGGACGGAGGAGACAAGAUGGCGCUGCGAGUGAUACGGGGAAUUGUGAACGGGGCCGCAUCCGAGCUACCGGUGCCCACCAGUGGGGCGGCGGCGGGAUCUCGGGAGCAGGCGCUGGCAGUGAGCCGGAACUACCUCUCCCAGCCUCGCCUCACAUACAAGACAGUAUCAGGAGUCAAUGGUCCGCUGGUGAUCUUAGAUCAUGUUAAGUUUCCCAGAUACGCUGAAAUUGUUCACUUGACAUUACCAGAUGGCACAAAGAGAAGUGGGCAAGUUCUAGAAGUUAGUGGUUCCAAAGCAGUGGUUCAGGUAUUUGAAGGAACUUCAGGUAUCGAUGCCAAGAAAACAUCCUGUGAGUUUACCGGGGAUAUUCUCCGAACACCAGUGUCUGAGGAUAUGCUUGGUCGGGUAUUCAAUGGGUCAGGAAAACCCAUCGACAGAGGUCCGGCUGUCCUGGCUGAAGACUUCCUUGACAUCAUGGGCCAGCCGAUCAACCCCCAGUGUCGCAUCUACCCAGAGGAGAUGAUUCAGACGGGCAUCUCGGCCAUCGACGGCAUGAACAGUAUUGCUCGGGGGCAGAAAAUCCCCAUCUUCUCUGCGGCAGGAUUACCGCACAAUGAGAUUGCAGCUCAGAUCUGUCGCCAGGCUGGUUUGGUAAAGAAAUCCAAAGAUGUAGUGGACUACAGUGAGGAAAACUUUGCAAUUGUAUUUGCUGCUAUGGGUGUAAACAUGGAAACCGCUCGGUUCUUCAAGUCUGACUUUGAAGAAAAUGGCUCCAUGGACAAUGUCUGCCUCUUUUUGAACUUGGCUAAUGACCCUACUAUUGAACGAAUUAUCACUCCGCGCUUGGCUCUAACCACAGCCGAAUUUCUGGCCUAUCAGUGUGAGAAACAUGUAUUGGUUAUCCUAACAGACAUGAGUUCUUAUGCUGAAGCACUUCGAGAGGUUUCAGCUGCCAGGGAAGAGGUUCCUGGUCGACGAGGUUUCCCAGGUUACAUGUAUACAGAUUUAGCCACAAUAUAUGAACGCGCUGGUCGAGUGGAAGGUAGAAACGGCUCUAUUACUCAAAUCCCUAUUCUCACCAUGCCCAACGAUGAUAUCACUCACCCCAUCCCUGACCUGACUGGAUAUAUCACAGAGGGGCAGAUCUAUGUGGACAGGCAGCUGCACAACCGACAGAUUUACCCACCUAUUAACGUGCUGCCCUCAUUAUCACGGUUAAUGAAGUCUGCUAUUGGAGAAGGUAUGACCAGAAAGGACCACGCUGAUGUAUCUAACCAGCUGUACGCGUGCUACGCUAUUGGUAAGGACGUGCAGGCCAUGAAAGCCGUGGUUGGAGAAGAAGCCCUCACCUCAGACGAUCUUCUCUACUUGGAAUUUCUGCAGAAGUUUGAGAGGAACUUUAUUGCUCAGGGUCCUUAUGAAAACCGCACUGUCUUUGAGACUUUGGACAUUGGCUGGCAGCUGCUCCGGAUUUUCCCCAAAGAAAUGCUGAAGAGGAUCCCUCAGAGCACCCUGAGCGAAUUCUACCCACGGGACUCCGCGAAGCACUAGCUGCCACUCGUCGCUGGCUCGAUACCCUUGUGACAUACUGGUCCUGUUGUCUGUGUCCUUUCGCACUCCCCAUCGCCACCUUUGUAUUGGAGUUUACCAUGUUGCCCUGUAAUUAAGAACAGGAUAGGUGACAUCCUGUACCAGUGUUGCCGUGUCUUAAAACUGCUAACAGACUUUAAAAUGUCCCCUGUUCAGAAAUCCUGGAUUUUCGAUGCUUUGUGAAAAGUAGCUGCAGGGAUGGAGGUGAGGUUUCCUUACUGACGUGUGUAUCUGUAUAUAGUGGGUAGCUAGUUGCCUAUGAUGUCCUCAUUAUUUGAUGUUCCAGACCUUCCCGUCCACCCCCUCGAGAGCAUCGCCAGCAGAAGUUACAGCGCUCUCAUCUUCGAAAGGGGGCGGGGCAGGGCCGAGCCGAAGGAAGCCUCCUCUCGAGAGCCCAGCGCCCUCUCCGGAGCCGGGGAGUCCGUGCAGUCGGCAGACCGCCGGGCCUGUGCUGCUGCUCCGAGCAGAUGGCGGGCACGGUCCGCCUGCUCUUCCUCUUUAAUGAGUAGGUCAGAAAAGGAGCCCCUCUCGCUCGUCCGUGCGCACAGGCUCGGUCUCCUGUGCCUGGCUGCUCACCCUCCCUCCGAGGAGCGCAGGAGCGCACGGCUUUGGCACGGCUGGCGCUGAUCUGGUGCUGGUGGGGUGCCUUGCCUCGAUCCCCGCUGGGCUUUCAUGCAGAGGGAUCCUAAUGAAGAGAACUAGAGUAACCGUCAUUGGGAAGAGUUGGGGGUACAGUCAAACAACGAACCACCACCUGUACCCAUUCUACACGUGAACAUGCUAACAGUGGUGUAAUUUUCUAAAGCGUUGCCAGGUGCUGGAGGUAUGGUGGGAGGAGAAAGCGCUCCUGUCCAUGUGGAUAUUUUAAAUUCUGUUAGAGAGCGGCCCUUGGAAGACCCCCCUAGUUGGUCCUGCUUUCUGACCUAUCUCUGCCUCUUCAGGGUCGUCUUGUGGCACAAGUGAUAGCAUUUAAAAGCUUCAGCCUUUGAAUUCCUGCUCCCGCGGGCCCAGGCCCUGGCCCUGAGCCGUCUUCCCGGCACUGCGCCCUGCCCCCUGCGUGUGUGCUCCAUGUCCUUCGUUUCUUGGGUGCAAUAGCGACUUCUCUGGCAUUCCAUCCUUCAAGUUGUGUAAAGUUCUUCACUUUUUUCUCUGAGGGUGUUGGGGGGAGUCAGCAUGACUAUAUUUUAAUGUAGAAAAUGUGACAUCUGGAUAUAAAAUGAAAAUAUUAAAUUAAUGGAAGUGA